CUUCCAAUCCAUCCCGUACCUCAUAGGUGGGUUGACAGCAUGAAUGGUUGAACAAGUACACUGUAAGAGGAUAUGGAGAUCGAUCAUGCAGAAUCACCAUCAUCGUUGAAAGAGCUGGUGGAGGUGGCAGCAAUAUUGUGUGGUCAAAGAGAUGAGAAGAAAAUUGGAAAAAGAACUGAAGAGAAGAGCGAGAGAGAGAGUGUGAAGGAAGUGCUCAAAAGGCGAUUGGAUCUAUAUAACGAACGCAUUGGGGAAGGCUCACAGAUUCUAGGAGAGAACAUUGAUAAUCUUCAACGAAUCACAGGUGAAGAGUGUCUACUUGUACUCGGAAAGAUCAGCGGAGCACUCAACCAACAAAAGCACGCUUCUGCCACUUCUUCCUCAUCUGCAAGCAGUGCUUCCAUACUUGGCUCGCGUGAUAGACAAACGCUCAAAAUAUUGAUUGAUAUCAUCAACAACUGGAACUUGACUCUUCUUAUCGCUUCAUACGACCAAGCUUUAAGUUGCUCUCGUCCAAAGUCUUUGCCAAAGCUGCAAGAGAUCGAAGCGGAAGAGGAAGCAACGAAACAAUCUGCAGACAAAUUGAACAAUGCCAGAACGUCAUUAUGGGAAUCGAUCUCGAGGCUUGAUCAUAUAUUCAACGCAUUUAGCAUAGCAGAAGAUCUAUAUGUAAUGCGUACUCUACUUUACGAAUCAUGUUCUGUCAACACGCUAGCAGGAGCAAUUCGAAUCGGAUGGGGACCCGUACAGCUUCCUAUUGCUAGCCGACAACAAGAAGAUGCCAUAAAAAAGCAAGGUAGAACGAUUGUGGCCCACCUCUUGAAGGGUAUGACAACUUCGACGGCUUUGAAGAUACUACCCGCUGCUGCGAAUAUUGGUGGAUCGGGUGCAAGAUCACCAACUGCCUACUUUGUCAAGCCAAUCACAGAGAUGCUUUUCUCAGCACAACUACUACGACCGGACGGAGUAAGGGCACUUCUUCGAAAUACGUUUCCCAGCGAAGAACGUGGAGUGACCAAAAGGCUGGUCAGUGUUCGUCAUCUGCUAACUAAUCCUCCUGCUCAAAUGCCUCUGCCCGUAUUUGCUUUGCAAAUCAUUCCUCGAUUGUUGGAGAUCGUGGGUGAACUACCUGGCGAUCAAAAGGAAAUUGGUCAAGAAGCCCCAAGCGUGCAGUCGUCUUCAGCUCAGAAAAAUGCAGCUUGUUUCGCACUUUCAAGAUUUUACGAAUUGAUCCCAACGGACACCUUUCAGCUAUUGUGCUCACAUGUGCUCGAAUACAUCAAUCCGAAGAUAUCAAGUCAGACAUCGCUAACGGAAGGCAAAGUCGCUGCCACGGAAUCACAGAUAGUAAAGGCUAUCACAUUGAUCAGUAUGAUUGUAGAAGAAUCGGGACCUUCUUCUGGCCUUAUCUCUGCGAUUCUCAAGCAUCUUUCUAUCCCGCUUUUUGUCUUUUAUUCUUUCCUCAAAGAACAAGCCACGCCAAGCAUUCAGACCAUUGGGCAAAAGGGUAAACAGAGACAGAUGGAUCAAGUGACAGAUACUAUUUAUGAACUUCUGAUCACGUAUAUGCGCCUCGCCGAUGUGGACCAAGCUAUAAGAACCUUUUCGCCAAUGCACAAGGGUGUCUUUGCACUGACCGGUAAACGACUAGGAGUGCUUUCGACUGAGGGGGGUGGGGACGACUAUCUAGUACCACAACUACGGCGGGACAGUGAUCAACAAUUGGAGAUAGUGUGGCACAGUGGCGACAAAGACGAUAUGAAUGACGAUGAUGCCCUGGAGGCUCUCAAUAAGCUCAAUCUUCAAGACAUGAACAUUGACAUUCAGCAUGAUCAAAAGGAGAAAGAAGAACUGCCGCAAAUUCCACAUGCAUUUAUGGAUGCUUUGAAGCUGAUCCCAUCGCCCGCUAUCCUUUCCGAUCUAUUGAAACGCUCUGAACGUAAAUCUAUUGCCGCUGCCAUCUUUGUCGAUCUGCUAGAUGCAUGCGCUUUGUCAAAACAGCGCACACAAACGAUCAUAGGAUCUAAUGGUCUUUCCUCACAUUUGCUCUACGUUCAGUGUAUGCUGCAAUUGAUCGAUACCUUUGGAUCGCAAAUUUUACAAGAUCAACCUGAUAAAGUUUUGGAAUGGAUCGCUUUUAUGUUAGAUAGAAGAGAAGGACAGGCUAAAAGUGUGAGAUCCGAGCAAAAACAAGAACCCGAACAAGGUAUCGAGGAAAUUCCGUUCAUACGCCCAAGUCAGGCGUCGUCCUCAGCAAUUUCAGAUUUGCUGAACGUCAACAAGUCUGAUGAUGGCGCGCAGAAUGAACUAUUUACGGAUGCAACACCAAAUGAAGAGGAUGUAGAGAUGAUUGAAACGGCGUUAAACUUGCUCUUGUCAUUGCUUGAAGGAGAUCCAAAGAUGACCUUAGAGUCGUAUUCGAUGCUAAAAGUGAUAAGCGCAAAAGUCGAUGCAUUGACAUCUCACACGAACGAUGACAUUCGACCGAUAGCAAAGGAAGCUUCACUGGUACUGAAAGCAAGACAAUCAUCGACGAAAGUCAAUCCUGCAGCGCAAAAUCACGAUCUCCUAUCCGAUCAUGAAAAUGCGAUAGUUAGAGGAAAUGAGAUGUACCAAGAAGCAUUGAAGAUGUUACAGGAUCCAAUCUUACCUGUACGUGCACACGGUCUGGUUGUAUUGAAAGACCUGGCCUCACACGGUUCUGCGAAAGAUGAUACAAAACAAAUAUUGAUGGAUCCAGCUUUGAUUCCGGCAAUCUUGGAUAUCUUUGUUCAAGCAAUUUGCGAUGAUGAGAGUUUCUUGUACCUUAAUGCAGUCAAGGGACUAUCGGAAAUGGCAAACGCAGGCGGACGGUCGAUGAUUCGUAGAUUGAUGUUAGUCUAUUUGGGCGAGCGAGAAGCAAAGGAGACUCUCACACAAGCAGAAGUAGAUAAAAGAUUGCGUAUCGGUGAAGCAUUAUUGCAAGUAGUACAAAGGUUGAAAUUAGCGCUUACGGCAUACACAAGCGAGAUUGUUGAUCCUUUGCUAAGUGCAAUCCGAAAUAGCAAACUGUCGACAACAUUGCGAUCGUCUAUGUUGUCCAUUCUAGGAUCUUGCAUCGAAGCUUGUCCUCAAGCGAUGGCGCUUCAAGGUCAUGCCAGAUCAAUUGGUGAUAGUAUGAUGGAUCUUCUAAGCAUCGAACUGGAUACCAAAGGUCAAACAACGCAAGAGCAGAUGGAUGAUGCAACUUUGACUGAAACAAGGCUGCCACAGUUCCGCAGAGCAGCUCUUAUCUUGCUUUCUUUGCUGAUCCGUGGAGCUGCUUUGCAAUUGGAAGCAUCAAACGAAGAUCAACAAGCAUCUGCAUGGCAAGAAGAUAUUCCGCAGCUAACCUCUCUUCGUAUGCCUGGCGGAGGAACACUUUCUUCAAUAAAAUCGAAAAUUGAGAAGGGUAAGUCUAGUGAAUCUAAGGAAACGACACUCUUAUUCGAACCGAAUCAGAUCAAACGAUGUGAACAGAUCGUUGGGUACGUUGCCCAAUUUGACCGUGAUGCGUUGGCCCAACAACAAGCAGGCGUAGUGAUGCAAGAUUUAGAAACGUUUAAAUUGUACAUUAUUCAUACUUCAGCAUCAACACUAUAAAGAAAACGUUGUAUUAAAGUGCAAUCGCAAAUCGUGUAUGGUAUUCGCGAAUGUCAUUAGUAAAAG